CAACCGAUUAAUUUUUGAAUCCAUAAACUCGGUCUUCGAGAUCGAUAAUUCAACAAACACGGCAAAACCGAACCCACCAGACCACCACCACACGAAAGCAACUCAUCUCACCAACUCUCCAACCAACCCCUCAACACUCAACUCAAGUGCUUAAAAUUCAAAUCAUCUCAUCGGUCCUCAACCGAGAAAAAAAAAUAAAAAAAAUGGCAGCCAACUUCUGGGGAGACCUCCCGGAAGAAGACUACUACGCCUCCCAGGGCGUAAAAAACUCGAAACAAUAUUUCCAAACCCCCCACGGAAAAAUCUUCACCCAGUCCUUCUCGCCACUCAGCGCCAACAGCCCCGUCAAAGCCUCUGUUUUCAUGACCCACGGCUACGGCUCCGACUCGGGCUGGCUGUUCCAGAAGAUCUGCAUCAGCUUCGCCACGUGGGGGUACGCUGUUUUCGCGGCGGACUUGUUGGGCCACGGCCGGUCCGAGGGGCUGCAUGGAUAUCUGGGUGAUGUGGACAAGGUGGCGGCGGCUUCGUUGAGUUAUUUUGUGAGUGUGAGGAAGAGUGGGGAGUAUGAGAAGAUGCCGGCGUUUUUGUUUGGGGAGUCUAUGGGUGGGAUGAUCACGAUGAUUAUGUAUUUUCAGUCGGAGGCGGGGUUGUGGACCGGGUUGAUUUUUUCGGCUCCGUUGUUUGUGAUUCCUCAGGCCAUGAUUCCGUCCAAGGUGCAUUUGUUUGCAUACGGACUGCUAUUUGGCCUGGCAGACACUUGGGCAGCAAUGCCGGACAAUAAGAUGGUGGGAAAGGCCAUUAAGGACAUGGACAAAUUAAAGAUAAUCGCAGGGAACCCCAGACGAUACUCGGGCAAGCCAAGGGUAGGAACAAUGAGGGAAGUUGUGAGGGUGACCAACUACAUUCAGGAGAACUUCCAUAAGGUCACAGCACCUUUCUUAACAUGCCACGGAACCUCAGACGGAGUUACUUGCUACACAGGAUCAGAGAUGUUAUACGAGAAGGCGUCGAGCUCUGAUAAAACGCUAAAAUUAUACGAAGGAAUGUAUCACUCGUUGAUCCAGGGGGAGCCUGAUGAGAAUGCCAAUCUUGUGCUGGGAGAUAUGAGGGCCUGGAUUGAUGAAAGAGUGCAGAGAUAUGGUCCCAAGUGUGACACUUGAAGUUUCAGUGCAUUUUGUAUUCAAAAUCUGAAGAGGUGGAUUAAUUUGGCUUAUUUAGUAGUAUAAAUUACUUGAGAGCUCAGCUGGUUUUAUGUACAACGGAAAAAUGAAUUGUGCUUUAGCUGAUAUGGCUGAAGAAUUGGGCCAUCUUUAACUCUUUGUUGUGCACUAGUUGGCCCAAAAAUAUCUAAUUUGUAAUUUGAAUUUUUUUUUAAAAUAAUUUUUAACUAUA